UGCUCGAGUGUCACAUGCCAAACUUCAGCCUGCCGAGAAACUUUCAACGGAUCUGAUCAAAGCCGGCAACUUGAUCAGUUUGUGUUAAAACCACAGCUAUGUGGCUGUUUGUAGCUUUAAUUAGUUAAUUUAAUGAACUAAACUUUUGGAUUUCUGUAAAGAUUUGAUCUGUUAAUGUAAAUAGUUUGUAUCUUUGUAAAGAUAAGGUACCAUAUAUGUAUAUACACACAAAUUAAUCCUAACUUAAGUAAGAUUAUUUAUCAAGGGUAAAGUUUAUGACUAGUCAUGUUUUGCUUUUAACAAGAAUGAUUAAUUAAAGACACUAGAAGGAUGUUCUAAUGAGUGGAACAGAUCAUUGGUGCUACAUUUAAACAAGCUUUCUUGAUUGAUCAGCUGAUUUAGAGAAGUCUGAUCUGAUCUGAUCUAAUCUGCAUGUUGAAUUCGACACUGAAUUGGACAUCAUGGGAGAGCAGAGAAACUGGGACGGAGAGGCGGACGAGAACUGUUUCUCCAACAGCGAAACGCAGAAGGAAAGCCAGGUGCAGGUUUUUUCGGAGCCCAGUGCCAGUGCCAGGCUCCCAGAGUCUCGGGAUCAGAUGGAGACCCACUUGUACAAAAGGAGAUGGCUGAUCGUGAUUUUGUUCAGCUCUUAUUCACUUUGUAAUUCCUAUCAGUGGAUCCAGUACGGCAUCAUCAACAACAUUUUCAUGAAGUUCUACAACGUCGACUCCUUCACCAUAGAUUGGAUGUCCAUGAUUUACAUGCUCACCUACAUCCCGCUCAUCUUCCCCGUCACGUGGCUCCUGGAGAAGAAGGGGCUCCGCGUGGUGGCGCUCGCGGCCACGGCCCUCAACUGCGCCGGCACGUGGAUCAAAGUGGCCAGUGCCAGGCCCGACCUUUUUCCUGUCACCUUUCUGGGUCAGGUGACCUGCUCCGUGGCUCAGGUGUUCAUCCUCGGGAUGCCCUCGCGCAUCGCUUCGGUGUGGUUCGGGUCCAAUGAGGUUUCCACCGCAUGCUCUAUCGGGGUUUUUGGAAAUCAGCUCGGCAUCGCCAUUGGAUUUUUGGUUCCGCCAAUCCUGGUUCCAAAUGUGGAGGACAUGGACGAGCUGGCCAAUCACAUUCAAGUGAUGUUCUACAUCACAGCAGGCGUGGCCACAUUCCUCUUCAUCCUGGUGAUCAUGGUGUUUCAGGAGAGACCCGCUCUUCCUCCGUCUCAGUCUCAGGCUUCAGCUCGUCUCAUCCCCACAGAGAGCUAUUCAUACUUGUCCUCUAUCCUCCGGCUCCUCCGCAACACGCCCUUCAUCCUGCUCAUCAUCAGCUAUGGAUUGAACGUCGGCUGUUUUUAUGCCGUGGGUACGCUGCUCAACCAGAUGAUCAUCAAACACUACCCGGGUGAAGAGGUGAAUGCUGGGAGAAUCGGACUCACCAUCAUCAUCGCCGGUAUGGUCAGCUCACUCAUCUGCGGGAUCUGGCUGGACAGAACCAAAAUGUACAAACAGACUACGUUGGCGGUGUACACGAUGUCUCUGGUUGGUUUGGCCGUUUACUCCUUCACGCUGGAUCUCGGUCACCUCUGGGUCGUCUUCAUCACCGCUGGAGCUCUCGGAUUCUUCAUGACAGGAUAUCUACCUCUGGGUUUUGAGUUUGCAGUUGAGCUCACGUAUCCCGAAUCUGAGGGGACGUCUUCUGGCCUGCUCAACUGCUCAGCUCAGGUGUUUGGGAUUAUUUUCACCAUCUGUCAGGGGAAGAUCAUCAACACUUUCGGCACGCUGGCAGGAAAUCUGUUCCUGUGUGCGUUCCUGAUCACCGGGACUGUUCUAACUGGGUUUAUUAAGUCUGAGCUCCGCAGGCAGAGGGCGAAUCAGUUAGCCAAGACGCCCGCUGCAGUCGUUCUGGAUUACGGUGCCACGACCCUGAUUAAUCACUGACCAAUCAAUCACCUCUCAGCACACGCAAGCACAGGAAACGUCAGAUGGAUCACAUGCGAAUUCUACUGCUGUUGGACCUGCUACAAGAAUGUAAACGCGCGCGUGCACACACACACUUUAAUGUUAAUUUGUGUGUUCACGCAAUACAUGUAUUUAUUAUCUAAAUUAUCAUGUUUAUAUAGUCGGGUUCAAAAGUCUGAGUCUACUGUGGGCGUGUCCCAAACCACACCUCCAUUCUCUAUACAGUCCACAUAAAUAACAUCUUUAAUUCACUAUGGGUGUGCCCCAAACCACAUCCCCAUUCUCUAUACAGUCCACAUAAACAUCUUUAAUUCACUAUGGGUGUGCCCCAAACCACAUCCCCAUUCUCUAUACAGUCCACAUAAACAUCUUUAAUUCACCAUGGGCGUGUCCAAAACCACACCUCCAUUCUCUAUACAGUCCACAUAAAUAACAUCUUUAACUCACUAUGGGCGUGUCCCAAACCACAUCCCCAUUCUCUAUACAGUCCACAUAACAUCUUUAACUCACUAUGGGCGUGGCCCAAACCACACCUCCAUUCUCUAUACAGUCCACAUAACAUCUUUAACUCACUAUGGGCAUGUCCCAAACCACAUCCCCAUUCUCUAUACAGUCCACAUAACAUCUUUAACUCACUAUGGGCGUGUCCCAAACCACAUCCCCAUUCUCUAUACAGUCCACAUAAACAUCUUUAACUCACUAUGGGCAUGUCCCAAACCACAUCCCCAUUAUACAGUCCACAUAAACAUCUUUAAUUCACUAUGGCUGUGUCCCAAACCACAUCCCCAUUCUCUAUAUAGUCCACAUAAACAUCUUUAAUUCACUAUGGGCGUGUCUCAAACCACAUCCCCAUUCUCUAUAUCAGUGGUUCUCAAACUGGGGGCCGCCAGAUAGCGCCGGGGGGGCGAAUAGAAAUUCUAGGACAAUUAAUUUUCUUAAUGUAUGUCAGGAUUGUCAACCUUUGAACUAUGAUUUACAUAAAAAUGAGAAAUAUUUAUAAAUGAAAUCAAUUAUACACAGCACACUAAGACACACAGCAAACAGAGACAUCCGUCGAUACACUAGUGUACUGUUAGCCACACGCUGAUAAAACCGAAGACUAUUUAAAAUGGAUAAGAUUUUAGAUAGAGGACGUAGUCUCUUAACUGAGAAAGUUAAUACAGGAGAGCCUAGCGUGAAAAAAAACAAACUGCCAAAAUUUGACGACUCUAGGCGGCCACAAAGGGAUGCACCCUACGUACACAAGGGGGGCCUCAUGCUGAGAAAGUUUGGGAUAUAGACCACAUUAACACCUAUAUAGACCACAUUAACACCAUCAUCAAUCCACUGUGGGCGUGUCCCAAACCACACUAUACACUAUUUAGUCCAUAUAAAAAGCAUUUUUACACCACAGUUUCUCAGACUUUUGGAUGUGAGAAAUUGUAACUUUGCACUGUUUUUUCAUGUGCAUCUCAUUAUUGUGUGUUUUUUUUUUUAAGAUAAAAUCUAACACAAGUGAAAGAAAAGAGUUUAAAAACAGUUCAAGUGGACUUGUUAUGCUGCGUGUCCACGUGAGGAGUCUGCAAAAGACAAGCUUUUAAAUCAUAUAUGUAUAUAAAAUGUAAUAAUUUACACAUUUUGAGAUUCUUUUAACAGCUCGGUGAGCGAGACGUCCGGGUGCGUUAAACCCAAAAUAAACUUUUAACCAAAUUACUGUUAGUUCAACAGUAGUUUGUCAGUUAGGUUUUUAUUAAUGUUACAAACGGCAUCUCAGUGACUGUGAAAUCUCUCAAAAUCCAAACCAGAACCAACGUGAACUGUCCUCCAGCUGGAGUUCCGAGCUUCUGUCUGGUUCUGCCUUCACAGUCGAGCCAAAAAGUUCUUUAAAACUGAGAUGUUAGUAUUGAGUAUUGAAAUAUUAACCUACGAAAACGAUUACUAACGAUAUUUAAAUAACCACGCCCACAAGCAGUGAUUUUAUCACAACGUUUCUUAAAAAAUCUUGUCACGUGUUUCACAGGAUAUAAAACCACUUAUUUUAAUGUUUAUGAGAUUAUUACUGGAAUGAGUCAGUAUUAAUUAUAUUCCGGCAUUUUUAUGUGACUUUGCUGGUACAGAAGCAAAGAUAAACUGGAAUUCUUGGGUUUAGAAGCCAUAAUUAUCGAUAUGUAGAUGUGAUUUAAUGUUCAUGUCUAUUAUAUUAAGUUUUACAGCAAUUUUAGAAACGACAACUGGAGCUUCAGGUUGAAUUUUAACUUUGAAUUGUGUUUUUAUCACGCCCUCAUCGACUCCCCGCUUAUCCUCAACUGCCAUCUUAAUGACUGUUCCAUUAGAUUAUCUGCUCGAUUUACUGGGAAGCUCCAGAAAUAUUGGCACUCUGUUUAUUUAUAAUAAAAAUUUAUUUAAAAAAAAUUUUAAAAACGUGCAUCACUAUAUUCCUAAACAUUCAAGGAACCUUAAAAAAAAAAAAAAAAAAAAAGGAAACUCAAAAUGUGAAUAUGCUUCAGUUUGUUCAUUACAGUCUCUAGGAUUCACAAUAUAAUUUUAAGACAAAUUUUCUUACAAUAAAUGUGAAUUAGUUAAAGUAUAUUUAUCUCAUAUUUUCAGAAUGAUAUUAAGCUUUAAAAAACAACAAAUUAACACCUGACCUUUAAAAAUGUCAUGUUUUUGUUUUGUGGUCAAGCUCGAGUGUGACUUCACUGUAGUCAUCAAGGGCACAUAUCCAAAUAUGACUCGUUUUUAACUUUUUAACUUGUUUUUUGAUAUGAAUUGAUAUGAAUCAGUUUGAACUGAAAUAUUUUAAUAUAUGAGCUGAUCAACUAAUAUCAGUCUUUAUAACUGUAAAAACAUCAUCAGUUGCCAAAACUCUGAGUGUCUUCAGGACCGGUUUUAUUUAAUCACGUAUUUCAUCUGAUAUUUAAUGUAAACUCACUAAAGUAAGUCCCAAACGGUGCGUUCUGAUUGGCUGAGAGCCGUAGGAGUCGAACAGGUUUUAGUAAACUCUGUGUUGGCGUCUGAAUUUUAAAAGAUUUGGAUAUUAAUUAGAAUUUCGUACAGCGAUUUCUCACACAGUUGAAGGAUUCGUGAUGAAAUAAAAGCAGCUCUUCAUCGCGCACUCAUUUUGUGUAUCUCGGGCAUUCAGGUCCUUUUUUUAUGUUACUGAAAUCUGAACCAUUUUCAAAGUAUUUUCUGUAAAAUGAUUUAAAUAACUGGAUUAAUUGUGAAUGCUUUUGUAACAAACAAACAAACAAACAAAAAAAAAAAAGAUUAUUCUCUGUAACUUUUCUACUUGAAGAUCUACCAUGUGUAAAACAAUUAAGUUUCAGUAUGUGAUUCAAUAAAUAGCUACUUUUAAAGAAAUUAUUUUUUAUUAGAGAAUUUUUUUAAAAUUUGAGCAGAGAAAGAAAACAUUUUUACUGAUAAAAUUUCAUACAGAAUGAAUAAAAUGUUUGUAAAAGUGCA